CCCAAAACAAAAGAUGCCAUAUAUAAAAAAGGGACCAAGGCCUCUCCAACAAAGUUCUCCACAAUUCUAUACAUCGUACAGUAUAUUAUUAUUAUUUAUUAAUUAAUAAUUUACACUUAGUUGGCUUUAUAAAUGCGUGCAUUAUCAGGAUUUAACGAAAAUGCUAAAAUGUAGGAGGGUUAUAAUUUGAUUAGCAAUGUAGAUGUACCAGGCAUUCAAUGCCAAUGCAGCACUAUGAUUAAUAAUAUUGUGUUUUUGUUUUUAAUUGAUUUUAACCUGCAGGAUGUACUUACUUUUGUAGAAAUGGUGUAUAUAGUUAUGAAACCACAUGCCUGAAUCAAACCAUUGUAGUUUCAUAACAAUGUUACAUGCUAUAUAAUAGAACAGUUAUUGCUCUACAGUACAUUUGCUAUACUUUUUCUAUGUAGUAUGCAUAUAGCAUUUCUAUUAGGUGUUUUUUUAAUUGCCAAUUUUUCUCUUAGACCAAGAUACUGUGAGCUAACAGAGGCAUGCUGUCACAAUGGGUGCCACUCCUCCAGUCUGAGACAGCUGGAGCUCAGUAACAACAACCUGCAAGAUUCAGGAGUGAAAUUGCUCUGUGCUGGACUGGAGAGUCCUCACUGUAGACUGGAAACUCUAAGGCUCAGUUUGUGUAACCUGUCGCAGAGAGGCUGUGAAGCUCUGGCCAAGGUUCUCAUUUUCAAGUCCUCCAGUCUGAGAGAGCUGGACCUGAGUAACAAUGACCUGCAAGAUUCAGGAGUUAAGCUGCUCUCUGCUGGGUUGCAAAGUCCACACUGUAGACUGGAAACACUUGGGUCAGUAUUCCUGAACCUUUGCUUCUACAUAGCAAUAAUCUUAUCAGAAUUCCAGCAUGCCAGCAUGAAAGUGAUGAAGUCCAUGGACUUUUUUUCAUGUGCUCUCUGCAGGUUAUCAGGCUGUCUGGUCAAAGAGGAAGGCUGUGCUUCUCUGGCCUCAGCUUUGAGCUCCAACCCCUCCCAUCUGAGAGAGCUGGACCUGAGCUACAAUCAUCCAGGAAACCUGGGGGUGAGCCUGCUCUCUGCUGGUCAGGAGGAUCCGCAGUCGAGACUGGAUACUCUCAGUGUUGAUCAUGCUGGAGAAUUCAGGAUCUUGCCUGGGCCAAGGAAAUAUGCCUGUGAACUCACACUGGACCCAAACACAGCACACAAGAUGUUCCUCCUGUCUCAAGACAACAAACAGAUGACAGUAGCAACAAAGGAGCAGCCAUAUCCUGAUCACCCAGAGAGGUUUGAAAAUAGACGUCAGGUUCUAUGUACAAAUGGCCUGACGGGGCGCUGUUACUGGGAGGUGGAGUGGAGAGGACCAGCUUUUGUUGGAGUGACAUAUAGAGGGAUCUGCAGGAAAGGACGGGAGGAUGGCUCUCUGCUUGGUUGGAAUGACAAGUCCUGGUGUUUAGCCUGCAACAAGAGCACUGCUUGGCACAACGGGAAGGGCACAGUCGCAUCUACAACUUCCUUCCAUGGUCCCAACAGAGUAGCAGUGUAUCUGGACUGGCCUGCUGGCACUCUGUCCUUCUACAGAGUCUCCUCUGACACACUGAUCCACCUCCACACCUUCCAAUCCACUUUCACUGAACCACUCUACCCUGCAUUCAGGGUUUGGGGGACUUCUUCCUUUGCAUUAUUGUGCACUCAUUAGUGACUAGAAACUGGUGCAGACAAAAGCUAUGAAAACUAGUUGUAAAAAUUGAAAAAUGACUAAAUGAAAUGAGUAAAACUUCAUUAUAGCUACUUGAGAUAGUGAAUUUUUAGAUCGUCUUUUGGUUUCAGUCAUUGACAGUGUCUCCCCUUAAGCCUCCAUAACAUGUUGAGUGCCUCUGGGUUCUCUCAAUCACACCAUACGCAGACCAAGGAUGUGCAGAGAGCCCAGUAUUUGUAUUUGUAUCUAUUUUUGUUGUGGCAGGAAAAU